AGGAUCCUAUCUGUCCCCUGAAUCCCUGCGGUGAAGGCGGAGAGUUUGAGACCUUCACCUUCGACUGUCCCCUGUUUCGCCAGCGCAUUGUUCCGAUUCAGCAGCCGACCAUCAUAAUGCAUUCGGAUAACGCCCUCGCUCCAGUCGCCUAUCUCAAUUACGGCGGUCUCGAUUUGCAGACGGAAAUUGACGUCGGUACCGGCGCCCAACUCCGUCGUCCAUUUCGGUCGAUUCGGCAGAGGUUAUUAGCGCUGGCUACGGAAGUGCCACAGGAACUCGCCGAGAAGCUUGCCUCUUCCAAUUGCCCACGGACCACCGCAGCGCGUCCAACCACCUCACACAAAUCACUACCGGGUACCCGUCCUCUGGGCGGCUUUCUCUGCAUGACACGGACCUUUACUGGCGUUGUAGCCCUCCCGUCAAGUGGCGAUGUGCGAGAGAGCAUCACCGAGGCCACGCAGAGUGUUCUGGAUCGCAUGCAGCGGCACCUAGGUAAGCUUCCCCCUCUCAAAAAGGAGUAUCGUUGGCUCCGGCUGCUUAGCUAUCAAAAGUAA